GAUUAUCGGAGCGCGUUUAGGCUUAGGACUCCGUCGGCGAGCGUCGUCGUCGUAGUGGCCGCCGUUGCGGUUGUUGUUGCGCGCCGGCUAUUAUUAUUAUUAAGAAUAUUAUUCUUUGCGUACCGCGUGUGCGUUGCGUCCGUCGCACUGUCUCUCGACUCUCGUCUCUCAGUAGUACAGUACUAUUCAUUGUAAUCGGUCGGUCGGUCGCCGUUGUCGUGUCCGGGAAACAGGUGGUGUGCCGAGUGCGCUCGACUAUUAUAAUAAUACUAUUAUUAUACUAUUAUUACUAUGUUAUUAUUUUAAUUAUUAGUACCUAUAAUAAUAAUUAUCAUUAUUAUUAUAUUUUUAUUAUUGCUGUGUGUGUGUGUUUUCCUUAUCGGGUCGUCGUUGCGCGCCAGUCAUCAGUACACGUGCAGUUCUCGCAUGGAAUUAUGUUCGCUUGCUCGUAGAGUACCGAGUUAUUUCGCUGUCGUCCGUCCACUCCGACUGUAGUGUCGUGUAAUCACACCACGUUCGUGUUUCGCAGCGUUCGGACCUCGUUUCGCGUUUUCCUCGUCGCUGUCAACGGCGAUUUCCACGUUUCCGUUUCAUUAGUAUUCAAUUUGCAUACCUGAUUAUUGCUGUUUUGUAACGCAACAUCAAAUUUUCCGACCACCUCUCUUCAGAGGCAACCCGUCGUCGUUUCUCGCACGGGGCACGCCUAUACACAUAACAUUAUUGAAUCGGACGACAAAAAUGCCACCGUCGACACCGCCGUAACCGCCGCCGCCGUCGGACGACGACGCUGUACUUCGAUCAAUUCGGUCUGAGCACUCUGUAGCAGACGCAGCAGUCUGCCCAAAUAGAUAACAGCCACCGGGACGCCGACGUACAAUAUAAUAUUGUAUUUUAAAUAAUAUUAUCGCAAGAGUUGAAAGUUAUUUCAUUUAGUUUUUCGAAACACACGGUUUCCGACGACCCUAUCUCCCCCCCUACAAACCGUAACGCAACCAGCCCACCCCACCCCGUCGUCGGUCGUUUCGGCGUUUGAUUUUUCGGGUGCGCCGCCCACCGGCGCUGGAGAAUCGCGUGCGGACGCUACGAUUCCCCCGUGACGCGUCGCGCAACAAGAUGUACGCCGCCGCCUACGUCGUCGCAGUCAAAACGGCCGCCGCCACCGCCGCCGCUGUCGUCACAACAAACGUCGUCAUCGCCACUGCCGGCACCGCCGCCACAGCAGUAGCAAUCGCCGCAGUCGAGUGUCGUCGGAGAAGUGCAGCGCCACGCGUUCUGCUCGGUUCGCGAUGAUCGGCGACGCAGCCGCUGCGUGCGUGCCAUGUGACGCGUGAUUCGGCCGCGCGGUAGUUCGCCAGAAUAAAAUAUUUAAUAAUAAUACUGUGGUAUUAUUUUGUGUACACGCGGACCGGUUCAAUCGGUUUGUUUUCGUUGCGUUUUAUAAGAGAACCACGACCAGUAAGGAGGUACUUGUAUGACAAUAUUAUACUUAGAUGAAGUACAAACGACUUUUGCUCAAAAAAUGCCGUCCAUGAACGGGUGGUGGAUCGUGUUCGUCUGGCUGUGGUCGCUGUCCGUCGCGACCACGGCCGUCGAGGAGAAGGUGUGCGGCAGCAUCGACGUGCGCAACAGUGGCGAACGCUUUUCUGCGUUGCACAACUGCACCAUCGUCAAUGGUUAUGUGCAGAUCGUGCUGCUUGACGCCACCACACCGUCCGACUUCGACAUCAGCUUCCCGCUGUUGCGCGAGAUCACUCAGUACCUCGUCGUUUACCGCGUGGCCGGUCUGUACAACCUGGGAAAGCUGUUCCCGAACCUGAUGCUGAUCCGUGGAUCGCACAGCCCUCAUUUCCCGGGACUGGCGCUAAUGAUCCACGACAAUCUUGACCUCAGGGAGAUCGGACUGUACAGCUUGACCAACAUCACACGAGGAUCCGUGAUCAUUUCGAAAAAUCCCCAAUUGUGUCACGCGACGACAAUCGAUUGGGGCCAAAUCGCCAACGGAGUGAGCAACGAUAUUAACGUAAUCAGCAACGACGAACCGGCAAAGUGCAACGGAUGCUCUAAUAUUGGCUGCCCGGAAGACUUGUGCUGGUCCCACGAAGCCGGUCGAUGCCAGUACGGCAAGUUGAACGGUUGCCAUCCACUCUGUGCUGGCGGUUGUGACGAACCGCACUCUGCCAGGCAUUGUUUUGCGUGCACUGCGUACAUGCACAAGGGCGAAUGCAUCCGGGAAUGUCCAUACGGCCUGUAUGGCCACAUCAGGUCGUGCUUGACCGCAGAAGAAUGCCACAGUUUGCCGGUGACCAGAGAGGAAUCAACACCGGACGAUCUGAACACCCAUUACAUCCCGUUCGAACGCGUUUGUCGCGACGAGUGUCCGUACGGGUUCCAGGUGACGGCAGACAAAAGAAACUGUACGGUGUGCACCAAAACGAGAUCCGGACACUGUCAGCGGAACUGUAACAGUUUCAAGAUCAGUGACGACAUGUUGAGGAAGAAUUAUGAAUACCGUUUGCACACCAACUGUACAACGAUCAAAUCUCUGGAGAUUGAAGUCAAGUACGGUACCAGCGAGGACGUGGAACGUCGACUAGAAGAAUACAUCGGAAAAGUAGAAGUUAUUUUGGAUCAGUUAAAAAUCAUACGAUCGUAUUCGCUGAGUUCUUUGAAUUUCUUGCGGAGCCUUUACGAAAUACGUGGUGAAAAUACAGUUAAUAAAAUGGCUUUGGUGAUACGCGGCAAUAAAAAUUUACAAAAACUUUGGACUACCAGUGAAAACGAAACCCGCCCAGUUAAAAUAUUGAACGGCACGGUUUCUUUUCACUACAAUCCAAAGUUGUGUAUGUCAGAAAUAUAUAAAUUUGGAAAUCUGUCUACACUGCCUACUUUCUCUGAUAUAGAAGUGUCAGUUAUAUCUAACGGUGAUCAGUUCGCAUGCACUGUUUAUAAUUUACAAGUAGAAACCGUUAAAAUUGAUUCACAGUCUAUUGUGUUACAAAUGCACAAACCUGUGGAAGCAGAUAAUUUGGAAAGGUUUCUUGUGUAUUUUAUCGAAGCAUCUAAAUGGAAUGAUACUAGAGAAUCAACCGAUUGCGAAGAUUCUAGUUGGAAAAUUGAUGAUAUAAGUUCAAAAAAAGCUUUUAAUGAAACUGAAAUCUUCCAUGUUAUUACAAAUUUAGAACCAAACACAGAGUACAUUUAUUAUGUAAAGACUUACACAAUUUCUUCCAAGACAAGUAUGAGUAGUAUAUUUCGUAAUAAGACUCUUCCAUCAAAGCCCUCCUCUCCCCAAUACUUUAAUGCUCAACCAGUGUCUAGUUCUGAAGUGGAACUGACAUGGAAACCUCCUUCACAUCCUCAUGGAAAAUUAGUCAAAUACAUUAUCAAGGGAAUUCAUUUAACCGACGACCAAGCCAUGUUGGAUGAACGUAGUUAUUGUAGAAACAAAACAUUCAAUGGGAACGGCAUAACACACAAAUCCUCCUCAUCAAUUAUUAAACCAUCAUCUGAUGACACAUGUGAAAAACAGUGCGAACCACAAAAGAAUAUCGUUAAUAAUAUAUGCAACGAUUUUGAACACGGUAUAGACAUAGAUUUAAUUUCAUUGAACAAUCACAGGUAUACAUUUGAAUCGUGCAGCAGCAACAUUCUUAAUAUCUUUAUUAAUUCAAAAUGUUUGGCAAUGCAAAACAACGAUGACUCUGUUUUUCCAAGUAUUGUAAAUACUUUUAUAAAUGAAAACUGUACAGAAAUGUGGUCAGUCAGUAAUAUGUUGAACAAUGUUACUCAUAGAGAUGGUAGCUCAUCCUAUUUCCAGAUUCAGUUAAAUGAAAAUGUUACAUCGUUUAAUCUAAGUAACCUUAGGCAUUAUAGUCAAUAUUUGCUGUCCAUAUUGGUAUGUAGAGAGGUUGUCAAACAAGAAUUAAACCAAAGCAAUAUAAAUUCUUGUAGUCAAGAGACAUUAAUAUCCUUCCGUACUUUGGAAAAUAAGCAAGCAGAUAUUAUUGAUAGCGAAACUGUACGAGAUGAAAUUGUGAAUAAUCACACAGUUAAUAUAUUUUGGGAGUCACCAAAGCUUAUAAAUAGUAUAAUACAUAGUUUUCAGUUGCACUAUAAGCGCUCGGAAGCACCUAAUUUUGUUUCUGUCUGUGUUACUAUGAAGGAAUACGAAAAUGCUGGCCGAUCAUAUGUCUUCAAGAAUAUACUGCCUGGUUCUUAUCAAUACAGAAUCCAAGCUGUUUCAUUAUACGGACCUGGGCCAUAUACUACUGUGAAAGAAUUUGAUCUUCCCUAUCCAGACGCAUUUAAUAGUUGGCACCUUAUUCUCUUAAUUGUUAUUUGUGGUUGUUUAUUAAUUGUAUUAACAGGUGUUAUUAUUCGUACACACUUUAGUCGUAAGAUUUUAGAACGCAAUAACAUGUUUAAUCUAGCCAAUAAUCCUGGCUACGUUGGCAUAUAUGUCGAGGACGAUUGGGAGACACCCCGAGAAGAUGUGGUUAUACUGAAAAUACUUGGUAGAGGGACAUUUGGCACAGUACACGAAGGUCUACUAAUGCCUCAUUCUAUACCAUGUGCUGUAAAAUCUGUAAGCAAGUCAAAUUUUUUGAGAUAUCAUACAGAAUUUUUGAAUGAAGCUGCCAUAAUGAAGAAGUUCAGUGAAGCAUACCAUAUAGUGAAAUUGCUCGGUGUAGUGACCAAGACCCACCCACCACUACUCAUAAUGGAACUCAUGGGCCGUGGCGAUUUAAAAAGUGUAUUGGUGAAGUGCAAGAAUUCUGAUGAUCCACCUCCACCCAAUAGAUACACCAUCAUUCGUAUGGCUGCACAAAUAGCUGAUGGUAUGGCGUUCCUAGAAUAUAAUAAAUUUAUUCAUCGUGAUUUAGCAGCCCGAAACUGUAUGGUGGCUAAUGACAUGACAGUGAAAAUUGGCGAUUUUGGUAUGAGUCGACAAAUAUAUAAUGGUGAUUAUUAUCGCAAAGGAAAUAAAGGCGAAAUGCCUAUACGGUGGAUGGCUCCUGAGAGCCUCAGUGAAGGUAUAUUUACCAGUCAGUCAGAUGUCUGGAGUUAUGGGGUCGUGAUCUGGGAAAUGAUGACGCUGGGUGCACAACCCUACCUGGAAAAGAGCAACAAUGAGGUCAUGGCUCAUGUACUUGACGGCAACUUACUAAACUUGCCAAUCUUCUGUCCUGAUGUGUUAGCUGGUAUCGUUAGACUGUGUUGGAAUUGGACUGCUUCCCAACGACCAAGGUUCCUAAAAAUAGUUGAAACACUUGACGCUUAUCUGGAGGAUGAUUUCAGAUCAGUUUCGUUUUAUCACACUCGUGGUUUACACAAUGAGUCACCUGCUGAUCAAUCGUUGAUGUCACCGUGUACUACGUACGAAGAAGAUGUCGAUAACGAUAGCAUUAGUUUUGAAGCCGGUGACACUGUUGCUGUAUAUAGUUCGUUCCAUGUAGACAAAAACAAAAUGAGUAAUGGACAUUUAUCUCCAAUGUAAUUUUUAGGGUCAAAAAUAUUUAAGUGAAAAUAACGUUACCAGUAAAGUCUAUUUAAAAAAAUAAGUGUUUUUUUUUUUGUUUUCUUUAUAAAUAUUGUAUAAACGGUCCAAACUUGUCAUCUGGGUAACCGUUUUUGUAGACUAUUAAUAUUUCGUUGUUAACUUUUUUUUUAUAUAAUUUAAUAUUUUGAUGUUCUAAUUUUAUUAAGAAUUAAAAUUACAUAAUUUUUUUUUCGUACCACCUUACAUGUAUAAACAUAUUGUUCUAGUUUCUAGUCAGCGCGUGGAAGUCUUGUCUCUCCACCGUCUGUUUUUUCAUUUUAUUAUUAUUUUAUUUUAUAAUAGAUUUUUACAUGUCAUUACAAAAUCACUAAAAAUAAAAUA